UUUAAAGCUCAUUUGUAUUCUAUUACUUGAGGAAGCCGCUAUUUUCUGCCGCAGAAAUUGAAAACUCCACGGGAAUGGAGAUUUUGUUCUUGAUCUUAUGAUCAGGUCGGACACUCGCGUACUGGAAGAUUGCCAUUGUAGUUCGUUUCUUCAUCUAUCUGGGUCCUCGGUUUGAUUGAAUCUGUUCACACUGCAGAGGAAGCCUAUUUUGAACAGGAACUGAGAUUAAAGUAAGCUGUUGUAAAUUUUCGGGGGACAGAAUGGCUUCAAAUGCUACGACAGUAACCAAAUGUCCAUCUCCAAUGAAAGCAACAUCAAAUGGCAUUUUCCAGGGCGAUAAUCCUCUUGAUUUCGCUCUUCCUCUUGUUAUUCUACAAAUAUGUUUGGUAGUUGUUCUUACUCGUGGUCUUGCUUUUCUUCUGAGGCCGUUAAAACAGCCGCGAGUGAUCGGAGAAAUCAUUGGAGGAAUACUUCUAGGACCAUCAGCUCUCGGACGUAACAAGAACUUUCUUCAUACCAUAUUUCCAUCCAAUAGUAUCACGUUGUUAGAUACCAUAGCAAACAUUGGAUUGUUAUUCUUUCUGUUUCUUGUGGGUCUAGAGUUGGAUAUAAAGUCGAUACGUCGUACUGGAAAGAAGGCUCUUGGCAUUGCCAUUACCGGAAUUUGCCUUCCGUUUGCAUUAGGAAUUGGAUCGUCAUUUGUUCUUCGAGAAACCAUAUCCAAAGGUGUAAAUGCUUCUGCGUUUCUCAUAUUCAUGGGUGUUGCACUUUCGAUAACGGCAUUUCCCGUCUUAGCUCGUAUUCUUGCCGAGCUUAAACUACUGACAACUGAUGUUGGUAGGAUGGCUAUGUCUGCUGCAGCAGUAAACGAUGUAGCUGCCUGGAUUCUCCUUGCUCUAGCCAUUGCGUUAUCUGGUUCUGAUAAAUCUCCCCUAACUGCAGUUUGGGUCCUUUUAUCUGGCUGUGGCUUUGUUAUAGCUGCUAUUGUCAUUUUAUCCCCUGUUUUCAAAUGGAUGACCAAGCAGUGUUUUCAAGGGGAGCCGGUACGUGAAAUCUACAUAUGCGCUACAUUGGCUAUCGUCCUAGCUGCUGGAUUUGCCACGGAUUUUAUCGGGAUACAUGCUAUGUUUGGAGCUUUUGUUGUCGGAGUAUUAGUUCCAAAGGAUGGACCAUUAGUAGGUGCUUUGGUCGAGAAAAUAGAAGAUCUUGUUUCUGGUCUAUUCCUGCCUCUUUACUUUGUCUCAAGUGGAUUGAAGACUAAUGUAGCCACAAUUCAAGGAGCACAGUCCUGGGGUCUCCUAGUUUUAGUUAUCGUUACCGCCUGUUCUGGAAAAAUCAUCGGCACGUUUCUCGUGUCCAUUCUUUGUAAAGUACCCGUUCGUGAGGCUCUUGCAUUAGGAUUUCUAAUGAACACAAAAGGGUUGGUGGAGCUUAUUGUUCUCAAUAUUGGAAAAGACAGAAAGGUUUUGAAUGACCAAACCUUUGCUAUAAUGAUUCUAAUGGCUCUUUUUACUACUUUCAUUACCACUCCCCUUGUCAUUGCUGUAUACAAACCGGCAAGGAGUGCCAAAAUAGCUGAUUAUAAGCAUAGGAAGAUUGAAAGGAAAAACAAGAACACACAACUUCGGAUUAUGACCUGUUUUCAUAGUGCAGGAAACAUUCCGUCGAUUAUUAAUCUGCUCGAGGUGUCGAGAGGAACCGAGAAGGACAAAGAGCUUUGUGUAUAUGCAAUGCAUCUCAUGGAGCUGUCCGAGAGGUCCUCGGCCAUUUUAAUGGUUCACAAGGCGAGGAAAAAUGGGUUGCCUUUCUCGAUCAAGGGUCGGAGGUCAGAUACCAACCAUGUUAUUGUCGCAUUUGAAGCUUACCAACAACUGAGCAGAGUAUUCAUUCGACCGAUGACGGCGAUCUCCUCCAUGUCUGAUAUACAUGAAGAUAUUUGUGCCACUGCUGAGAGGAAAAAAACUGCGAUCAUAAUUCUUCCAUUUCAUAAGCACCAGAGGGUGGAUGGUUCACUGGAGACUACUCGAAGCAGCAUUCGUGUUGUUAAUCAGAAUGUACUCGAACAUGCUCGAUGUUCGGUUGGAAUUUUAGUUGAUCGUAGUUUGGGUGGAACAACCCAUGUUUCAUCGAGCCAUGUUUCGCUUUUUGUCACUGUUUUAUUCUUUGGUGGUGGAGAUGAUCGCGAAGCGCUUUCUUAUGGAAUUCGUAUGGCUGAGCACCCUGGGAUUAGAUUGAUGGUUAUUCGUUUCUUUGUCGAACCCGAACCUUCCGGGGAGAUAGUCAGUGCUGAUACUGUUGGGAAUUCUCCUGUGAAGUCAGUUUCUCAGGAUGAUGAAUUUCUUUCCGAAUUCAAGCACGAUGCGUGCAAGAACGAUUCCAUCAUAUAUGUCGAGAAAACCAUAAGAAGUGCUACAGAAGUAAUGGAUACAGUGCAGGAGAUGAAAAAUUGCAAUCUGUAUCUCGUUGGCCGAACACCAGAUGUCAAAGCGAUGUAUAUCUUAAACAGAAGUGACUGUCCAGAGCUCGGUCCAGUCGGGAACCUGUUGACUUCCCCAAAUUUCCCGAUUUUGGCGUCGGUUUUGGUGGUGCAGCAAUAUCGUUCCGAGUCGCUGGUGAAUUCAGCUUCAGAUUCUGGUGGUGGAGAAACAGAAUCAGCAUAGUGUGUGCUUCUUGCUUUUAUAGUCCAGUGGUGGGUUGAUUUAGUUGCACAUAGGAGAGCUGAGAGCAGCAUCUUUGUGAACCACAGCGUUAGAUUUCCAAAUUCCCUUUCUUUUUGUGUUAGUCUCAAACAUGUCAAAGUGUUACCUAAAGCUGCAGAUAUACCAGACCUUUUGUUUCUUGGUUUGACUUUUAGUUUCUGAAUCUGAACAAGUCUAUUCGGUUCGUGAGCCGAGACCUCGGAUUGAACCGAACCAACCCAUUUCGUUCUUAAAAGAAAGCCUAGCGGCUUAACUUAUCCUUGACUAGGUUUGGACAUUUACAU